AUGCCACCCAAGGCAUCUGGAAAGGCUGCCAAGAAGGCCGGGAAGGCCCAGAAGGCCAAUGCCAAGGGCGAUAAGAAAAAGAAGCGCAGGAGGAAGGAGAGCUACAGCAUCUAUUUACAAAGUGCUGAACGCAUCCCCGCCGAGGCUUCUCGCCUGGCCCACUACAACAAGCAUUCCACCAUUACCAGUCGGGAGAUCCAGACAGCUGUAAGGCUCCUGUUGCCCGGAGAACUCGCCAAGCACGCCGUCUCUGAGGGCACUAAGGCUGUCACCAAGUACACCUCCUCCAAUGUGCUGAAUGCACCCAGUGUGAAGAAUGCACCCAGUGUGCUGAAUGCACCCAGUGUGAAGAAUGCACCCAGUGUGAAGAAUGCACCCAGUGUGAUGAAUGUGCCCAGUGUGAUGAAUGUGCCCAGUGAAGAAUGUGUCCAGUGUGUUGAAUGUACCCAGUGUGCUGAAUGUGCCCAAUGUGCUGAAUGUACCCAGUGUGCUGAAUGUGUCCAGUGUGCUUAA